AUGGAGCUGGCGGAACAGAUUGACGAUUCGACAUUCUGCACAAUGAAUGACGAAGCCCCCACCAGAGUUAUGGGCACCUGUAAUAGCUCGCCUGAUAUUACCAUUGCUAGCGGUGGUCUGAUAAACAGCAUAACCUGGCGACCUAUGCUAACUCUCGCAUCAGAUCAUCUGCCCAUAAUUAUUUCGAUCGAGAAGCCUCCCGAUUUUGUUUCUGUGGACAACCGCACCUAUUUUAACUUUAACAAAGGUAAUUGGGUCGGCUUCACAGAAUUUACUGAGAGCACCUUCAAAGCUCUACCCAUUCCUAUGGACGUAUACGUCGGCGAACGUCAAUUCCGCAAGGUGAUCGCAGCAGCUACCGCUCGCUUCAUCCCGGCUGGAAGAAUCGCGGAAAUCCGCCCGAAUUUCCCAGCCGAAGCAGCCGUUUUAGCUAAUGAGCGCGACACCUUACGCCAUGCCGAUCCCGGGGAUCCCCGAAUAAGGGAUCUCAAUUUGGAGAUUCGGCGAAUGGUAAACCAACAUAAGCGGACGAAAUGGAUAGAGCACCUGAAGUCCUGUAACCUCUCCACCAGAGUGAGUAAGCUUUGGGCUACUGUCAAAGCUCUGUCUAACCCGAAGAGACAUGACGACCGAGUUGAAGUUCAA